AUGACUGGAUCUACAAAACCGGAUCUAGAUCGUUUAGGUUAUUUUCGAGAAAUGUCUUAUGUUACAAUUGGUGAUCCAUACAUUGAUCUAGGGAAAUUUAUUUUUAAAGGAGAUUCUUGCAAAGGUAGACAACUUUAUGGGAUAAGUGCUAAAUCAAGAUGUGGUUUAAACGAUGGAUAUUUUGGGCCAUACAAUCGAGUGUUUAUCGGUGAAUCAUAUACAGAUAUGAAAAAAAUCAAGCAUGAGGAACGUUUGAAGGAAAAACUUAAAGAAGUUACUAAAGUUUUCCUUCCAUCUUCUGGUUCUAAACAAAUGAAUGGAUCCGGAAGUUAUUGGGGUUCAUUUUCCAAACCAAUUCCAUAUUUCCGUAAUCAAUUCACUAAAUCAACUAAACAAUCUGAUGGAAAGAAUUUUUACACAUCACCAUCUAAAAAAGGCGCUGGAUCUUGUUAUCCGAAUGUAACAAUUGGAAAAUUACCGGCUUUUGUUUCAGAACCAUAUUUGGAUCGUAUAGAUAAAACAAAUGAUAUGAAAGAUUAUAAAAAUGCAAUAAUUGGUCGUAGAAGUUUUAUUCAAUGUGGAAACAUAGAUUAUUUUGGUCCGGAUCCAUAUAAACAACCAUAUAGUAUCAUUAAAAAGCCUCUGAAACCUAUAAAAACACAAACAAAACGAAUCACUAUUCCAUUUCUACCAUCUAAUCCAGGUAAAGAACCAGGUGGUUACAAAGCUGGUACAUUUAAUCCAUUUCCUAAUUAUAUUUCUGAACCAUAUAUUGAUCCGUGUAGACGUAUUAAAACACAUCGUGAAUCUAAAGUGUUUCUUCCAUCAUCUGGACCUAAAUCUGCUCGAUUUGAUUCAAUAUUAACAAAAAAUGUAAACAUUGCUAUAAAUGCAUCUAAUUUUGACACUUUUAAAUCUUUAACUGAUUUAUGA